CAGUGGUUAUUGUGUAGACGAAAUGCUGCGAGUAACCGUCAUUCUUUGCUGCUUAGGGGUGGCGCUGGCCACCCCCCCUUUGGCCAAGUCUAGGGAAGAAAUUCAGGCUUUUAGGAGUUUCUUGGAAAACACCCAGAAGGAGAAACCCGAUGGCAUAUUCCGCAUGACCUCUCCCGUGGAUGGGGUCUCUCCCCUGGCCAAUCCUGAGGAAAACAGCGGCAAGUUCGAAGGCGACAUCGUGCUGGACGACUGGCAGAUCCAGGCCAUGGUUCAAGAGUACGCGCUGGGCCGUAAUGGUUACCUCUGGCCUAACACGAAGUGGCCGAAUAACACCGUGAUUUGGGAAUACGUUGAGGGAGAGUUUGGACCCCUGCAGUCAGCCGCCAUCGAAGAGGGUAUCGCAGACAUCGAGCGUCACACUUGCAUCAAGUUCCGCUACCGCGAGCCGAGCGACACCGCUUACGCCCGUUUGACUGGUUCUCCGGACGGUUGCUACGCGCACGUAGGCUACUGGGCGACCCGAGGCCCCCACGUCUAUAACCUGGCCCGCAACAUCCCUGGCGUGGGCUGCUUCCGCCACGCCACCAUCGUGCACGAAUGGAUGCAUAUCCUUGGCUUCUUCCACAUGCACUCCACUCAUGACAGGGAUGACUACGUCAGGAUUGCCUUCGAGAACGUUCAGCCUGGUACGGAGCAUAAUUUCAACAUGCACGGCUCUGACCUCGUCUCCAACUAUGGAUUACCGUAUGACUACGUGAGCUGCCUGCAAUAUGGUGCCUAUGGGUUCUCCAUCAACGGACUUCCCACUAUUGUAGCUCUUCGGGAACACGAGGGUGUGAUGGGCCAGCGUGAAUACAUCACCGACAUGGACUGGACACGCAUCAACCGUCACUACGACUGCCCCGACGCAUGGGACUGAACAGACUAUA